CGAAAAUUCAUUACAGAGUACAUGAGGCACAUAACACCAACGCAAUCCUGAAAAUGUGAAUGCAAUCCACAAUUAUAAACUACUUAGGAGUGAAUCACAGGCAGAUAACUAAAUAUGUAUCCCAAUCCCCGACGCAAUGAUUUCACGGGAUUAGGGGCGACCGGAUCUGGAGCCGGAACAGUAGCCGCGGCCGGCGAAAACAUUCCUGCCACAGUAGGAUGUCAAAAGUCAUUAAACUACCAGGCGCAGCUUUCGCUAAAAUCGAAUGGAGAUGAGUCAAUGAUCGCAAUAGCCGGUCGAUUCAGUCCGCAUCCGAAUGAGAUAUACUUGGCUCAGUCUGGUAAGCUAACAAUACCAUUGGCCAAAUUUGAUGAUACGCUAGUUAAUGGCAGUCUGCCACCACCAUCACCGGCUCCGCAUAGCGAUUGCUUUCCGACAAGUCUUAGUCAAAAUCAAAAUCAAUCGAAUUUUCAUAGUAAAAUCGGUAUUUGCAACAGUAAUGCAGCCAAUCAACUACAACAGCUAAAUCUAAAUAAUUUUCAACAUCACGCCCACUCGCAAUGUCAUCCGUUGUCAUCAUCGAACUCGUCUUCGUCCCUCUGUACAAACAAUUCCGUACUAAGCAUGCAGCCCGACAGUUCGGCAAGUACUCACUAUAAGCAGAUUGACAAAUAUAGUAUUCAGCAGCAUUCAAGUGCUACACGUGCCAUGUCGCCCAACACGAAAUAUCGCUAUCGAGACUCGUCACAAAAACUGAAAUUAAUGGAAACAAUAAACUUAGCAACAGUUGCAACAGCAACGUCUUCAGCUCAAAUUCAAACUCCGACUUCAGCUUCGGCUUCGGCUUCAAACUCUGCAUCGGGUACAGCUUCAUCAAUUGGAAGAUAUUUUAUAACACCCAAGCAAGUGAUGAAAUGCGAUUCAUAUGGUGCUUAUUUGGGGCCAACGGUGCAUACACCAGUGAAACGAUAUGUUCCAACACCACCCCCAGUUAGUGAUAUAUACUCAGACUUGCCGGUAACGCCACCCUUGCUGCAAUCACAAUAUGUGAAUAUACCAUAUAGUUAUCGAACCAAGUGUUGUCACAAUGAUCACCAGCAAAGUGAAACUAGCCAGCUACAAUCGAAAAGUGAGCAGACCUACAAUAUGACAUCGACAUCAACAACAUCUACGAGCUGUCCAUGCUCGUCCUCAUCGCCAAUCUCAUCGUUUCCAACACCGCUAGCUGCAGCGAAUGUUUGUUCACCAAAUGUUGGAUCUAAUACAAAGGGUGUUGGAACGUGCAGCAAAUUUCGAUCGUCAGCAAUUGAUUCACGUUCCAUUAUCUGUAGUAAUUCAGAUGAGAGCGAUGCCGUUAUAACCUUACAUUCGACAAUGGCACAGAGCGAAUCACAGCGUCAAGGCUUAACCCAAAUUCAGGUUGCGAGUCAAGUUCAGGGUGAAGACACUGGCGGUACCUGUUUGCAUUGCAAUACAACGCGGCGCACAACGGGUGUGCAUCAGACAACUCAGACAACUGGGCCAAUUAGCCCAGUACCAGUGGGGCUGCCCAUGUCAUCGGAUCUGGGUAAGCUAAAACUGCACGAUCAGGAAAUUUUAUUGGCAGCUCAAGGCAAUAUUAUUGCGUUGGAUGCAAAUUCUUCAGAAAUAUAUUCGAUGUCACAACAGCAACAAUUGAAGAUCAACGAAACCUUUCACCGUCAAACACAGCACCCACAGGAAAUCUAUCAGGCUGCUCAGCUUUCUAGCUCUCAUCAUUUGCAGCAGCUUCAGAAUCUUCAGGGACAACCAGUCCCCAUGCAACACAAACAACAGCAGCAGCAGUUGCAGCAAGUGAUUCAUCGACAUUCAUGCAAGAAACGUAUAAUAAUUCAUUUGAGAAGAGAAAUUUCGCGUUUCUUUGGAGUGGAAGCGAGUACUGAAGCAACAGACUUUGCCAUCUGGUAUGGACGCCAUCGACGUUUGGCAAUCAGACGCUUCGGUCCAUUGAACGAGCUAGAAUUUAAUGUGGACAAUGGACGAGAUGGAACUGUUAUUGAGCCAAAUGGGAAUAGCAAUAGUACUAACAAUUACUAUGCAACCGAUCGUCCCGAUAUAUUGCCAGCUCAAGAUUCGCAGCAUACGAAUGUAUCUGUUGGCACUUCUAGAUGGCAAAAAUGUUAUGCCAGAAACGAUUUUAUUUCCAAUGAAUUUGUGGAACGAAAAGCUUCGGUGGCACAUAUGUUGAUGACAGGUGUUAGCUAUUUGAUCAACGUAUUCCAGAUAGGGUCUGCGAAUUUUGGGCACGCUAUCAACAUAAACCAGCGACGUCAUCGUCAAUGGUCGCGCAGUUUUGCCCCAAUCCAUGUGCAUGGCAGAGAACUAGAUAUGGAUGCUGUUGGAGAUUGCAACAUUAGCAUUGCCGAUAGCCUAGCUGCGUUGAUCGAUGACGAGGUCUUCUUUGAUUAUCCUUGCGAUAUCUCAAAGUCUCUAGUUAACGAGGAGAACACUGAACAAGCCAACAAACAUAAUGGAGUCAUAGUUGGUGAUAGUGUUGAGACCAACGUUGGCGUUUAUAUGGCUGAGCGACAUCAUAAUGGUUGGCGCACCUCGGCUCUCAACGGCAAUGGAAAUGGGACCGAUCUUCAUUUGAUGCCUGAUCACUUGCCUCUCGGCGCCAGCAACAACAGUAGCAAUCCUGUUCCAUCUCUGUUGCGCGCCAAUUUACCAUCAAAUUUGACAUCAACAUCAGCUAUGAGUCGUGGGAACCGAAUUACCCCUAAAUUGCUCGAUGGAGUUUUAGAGAACUCGCGCCGUCCACAAAGGCAACACAUCAAAUACUUGGCAAUUAAUGAUUUGGACGAUCGUUGCGAUCAUAGGCCCUUCUUUACAUACUGGAUAAAUACGGUGCAAAUUGCUGUGCUUUUACUAUCAAUUGUUUGCUAUGGCAUCGCACCGAUAGGCUUUGGCAACGAUCAAAAGACCGGACAGGUGCUGGUCACUAGUUUAAGUCUGCAAACGGUGCAGCACAUCGAGCAACGAAAUCUUUGGAUAGGUCCUCGCAACAAUGAUCUUGUCCACAUGGGUGCCAAAUUUGCAGCCUGCAUGCGGCGAGAUGUUAAAGUAAUGGAAGUUGUAACAAAAACCCGAAGACAGGAGCGUGAAACGGCCUGUUGUAUACGGAAUGAUGAUUCCGGCUGCGUGCAAAGCUCACAAGCGGAUUGCUCUAUACGGGGUCUUUAUCCAACAAAGUCCAUAUCCACUUGGAAAAAAUGGUCACCUGGCGAAUCGGGCCCCGGCGGACGAAUAUCAGGUUCAGUAUGUGGUCUAGAUCCAAAAUUUUGCGAUGCACCCGCUUCGAUUGCUCCAUACGAGUGGCCCGAUGACAUAACUAAAUGGCCGAUUUGCCGGAAAACUAAUUCAUUUUCUCAACGAUAUCGCUAUAAAGAUCACACGGCCGAGCAUAUGGUCUGUGAAGUGAUCGGUCAUCCCUGCUGUACCGGAGUCUAUGGGGAAUGUCGGAUAACCACACGCGAGUAUUGCGAUUUCGUUAAUGGAUACUUUCAUGAAGAAGCUUCUCUCUGUUCACAAAUAUAA